AUGACACUCAGUAUCCUAGUGACGAUCUCCGAGGUGACAACACUUUGCUUUAUUUGCUUGGCAGCUUCUAUAGGAAACGUGAGUUUAUUCCUUAUCGUCUACAAGAACCCGAAUCUUCGCACAAUCACCAACAUGUUUAUUUUAAACCUGGCUGCCGCCGACAUCUUGGUGUCAAUGCUAAGCAUGCCAGUUACCAUAAUAACAAUUGUCAAUGGUUGUUGGGUCUUCGGACACACAGCUUGCGUGGUGCUCGGAUAUUUCACGAUGUUAUCGUUCAUAGCGUCCGUAAUGUCUCUCGGCAUGAUCGCCAUCAACCGUUAUUUUUACAUCGUCAAGUGGAACACAUACACCAUCAACUUUACAAAGACAAAAGCGUUGCUCUACGCAGCAGGCGUCUGGUUUGUCUCAAUGUCUCUGGCAUCCCCUCCACUGUUAGGUUGGGCAGAAUAUCGCUUCAUCCCGGGAAAAUCCUACUGUUUCGUUUACUGGCCCUCGAACGUGUACUUCAUGUAUUUUAUGAUUACAGUUUGCUUCUUUGGUCCUCUCUCGGUUAUGGCUUUUUCUUACUAUAAUAUUUUGAAUUUUACCAAAAACAUUAGAAUUAAAGUUUCGAGGAAUAAUCUUACUCCUAACCCCCGGCUGCUGGAGACUCAGGGAGUAAAUGAAAUGCAGAGUAAGUUAGCCCCAUGCAUCGUUAAGCUCGACAGUGAUGAGAAUGUUCAUCACAAAAUUGAAGUGCAAAAUUACGAUAACCCAAAUAUUAUUGAAGUCUACAACAACUCAAACAGUGUCGAAGACGGCUGCAACGUUAACGAAGCUGAAGUACUAGAAACAAUGGAAAACAAGUCUCCUCUGACGCGUUUCAAUUCUCAUCCGAGUGGCAAAUCGAAAUCCCAGAAGCCUCGACUGACACCGGACGAAGAGAAGAUGACGAACACUUUCCUUCUUGUUCUUGCCUUGUUCAUAAUUUGCUGGGCACCUUUCGCAAUAACCAUGUUUUUUGAUGUGUACUAUCCACGACCCUUGCCUCGCCCCAUAGACACUAUUUCAUUGCUACUUGGUUAUCUAAACAGUAUGUGUAAUCCUGUUUUGUACGGAAUGCGUAAUUCAGCUUUCAAGCAAGGAUUUGUAAACCUGUACUCUUGGUUUAUUCCCGAACAAUUCAGACAUAGGUAUUCCGGGCACAAAGUGGGCCCCCAAAUGAAAACAAACCCGCGCUCUCAAGACGCGGAGGAGACAAGUUGA